AUGGCUAUGACACCACAGACCUCGGACUCCUCCCUAUCGACGGGGCCCGUUCGAUCCAUCCAGGAGCCGAUCGCCGUGGUUAGCAUGGCAUGUCGAUUGCCCGGACAUAGUGAUACCCCUCAGAAACUAUGGGAAUUCCUGAUGAACGAGGGUGUGGCCGACACCAAGGUUCCAACAACACGAUUCAACGUGGACGCCUUCUAUGAUGGGUCUGAUCGGCCCAAAACAAUGCGCUCCCCCGGCGCCAUGUUUAUGGAAUCCGUCGACCCGGCGAAGUUCGAUGCGUCAUUCUUUAACAUUUCAGCGCAGGAGGCAACGGCCAUGGAUCCGCAACAACGGAUCAUACUCGAGGUGAUCUAUGAAGCUUUGGAGAAUGCCGGUAUUACAUUAGAGUCGCUAGCAGGCCAACGAUAUGGUUGCUUCGUCGGAGGUCAUCCUGGAGACUACUGGGACGUAUUCGCCCGGGAUCCAGACUCCAGGCCGGUGAAUGCGGGUAUCGGUGGCUCCGGAACCAUGUUGAGCAAUCGCGUCAGUCACUUCCUGGGUAUUACAGGUCCUAGCAUGUCCCUUGAUACCGCAUGCUCCAGCUCGUUGGUGGCACUAGACAUGGCAUGUAAAGUUCUUCAAACUGGAGAGAUCAAUGGAGCCGUCGUCGCGGCAUCCAACCUGGUGCUGCACCCGGAAUAUGGUUGUGACACUGGACCGAUCAGAAACACCCACUCGCCAACAGGGCGCUGCCACACAUUCGAUGCCAAGGCAGACGGGUAUAUAAAGGCAGAAGGAAUCAAUGCAGUGAUUCUGAAACGACUUGACGAUGCCAUACAGGAUGGAGACCCAAUUCGAGCAGUCAUUCGAGGUACCUCGAAUAAUCACAGCGGUCGCACGCCUGGUAUUGCAUCGCCCAGCGCUGAUGCCCAGGCCGCGGCGGUGCGCACCGCAUAUGAGAAUGCUAACAUCACCGACCUUUCUCUUACGUCGUACCUUGAAUGCCAUGGUACCGGCACCUUAGCUGGAGACCCGGUGGAGGUGACCGGCGUCUCCUCUGUCUUUGCACCGUCACGGGCGCAUGAUAGACCACUGCACAUUGGAUCAAUAAAAAGUAACAUCGGGCACUCGGAGACUGCGGCGGGUUUGUCCGGCUUGAUGAAAGCCAUCAUGAUCUUAGAAACAGGGCUCAUUCCAGGCAAUCCGACAUUUGAAACGCCGAAUCCUAAUAUUGACUUCAGUGGAUUGAAGGUCAAGGUGAGUCGAAGUGUCGUCCCUUUCCCCAACGACGUCCCAUUUCGACGCGUAGGUGUGAACAAUUUUGGAUUUGGCGGCAGCAACUCUCACGCUAUCUUGGAAGAGCCCAAGGUGGUUCACUUGGAUUACUGUCCCACACAUAAAACGUCCUACACGGCUCCUAGUCCGGAUUCUGUAACAGAAGAGGCUGCCAAGCAACCACAUAUACUCUGCUUCUCAGCAAACAAUCGGGACUCUCUCCACCGUUAUAUUGAGAAGUUCUCUCAACAUUGUACCAGCCCAAGCGUACACCUUAAUGUCCGAGAUGUGGCCUACACACUCGGCGUGCGCAGAAGCAAACACUUCCACCGGGGCUACCUCAUCACCGAUGACCUAAAGCAUAUCGACCCAGCAACGGCAGUUUACGGGAAGAAAAGUGUAAACGCCGUGAAUGUGGGCUUUGUCUUUACCGGCCAAGGCGCACAAUGGCCUCAGAUGGGCUUAGAACUAUUGACAUCAUUUCCUGUUGCAAGGAAAUGUGUUGAAAAACUGGAAACUGUGUUGCAGCGUCUGCCCACCAAGCCGACAUGGUCAUUAUAUGACGAGUUGACCAAGCCAUGUAGCCCUGAUCAUAUCCGAAAUCCGGAGCUCAGUCAACCACUAGUCACCGCAUUGCAGAUAGCAAUCAUCGAACUCUUCCGAAGUUGGGGGAUCUCGCCCACCAGUGUGGUUGGUCAUUCCUCGGGCGAGAUUGCAGCUGCCUAUGCGGCGGGCUACCUGAGCGAUGCCGAAGCUAUCGUUGUUGCAUACCAUCGUGGUCUGGCUUCCGAGAAGGCGCAGUUAAACGAUACGCCACCUCUCGGGAUGCUCGCGGUCGGAUUAGGUGGAGAGCAAGUCACGCCUUACAUUGAUGGGUUGGAAGGGGUUGAGAUUGCGUGUUACAAUAGCCCUGCAAGCGUGACAUUAUCUGGGCUUACCUCGGUGCUGGAGCAGGUCAAAGCCAGACUCACGGAGGGUGGCGUGUUCGCUCGAAUGCUGCAAGUAGAGCUUGCGUAUCACUCGACCUAUAUGGAGACGAUUGGUGAGGUGUAUGAGACUCUGCUCAACCGUGACCUCCCAACAGUCGCGCGGGAGAUCCCAUCACCAGGCGAUAUCGCAAUGUUUUCAUCGGUCACGGGAUCCCAGCAAGAGGAGUGUCCGGACAUUGAAUACUGGAAGAGGAACAUGACCUCUCCUGUUCGCUUCCAGGAUGCGGCUGGUACCAUGUUGUGUGGUAACAACCCGGUGGCGUUGUUGGUUGAAAUUGGGCCUCAUGGCGCGCUGAAAGGACCCAUCACACAGAUCCAAAGGGCCCUCGAGGGGACACCAUCCAAGGUUCCCUAUCAUUCCGCAUUGAAUCGAGGCUCUGAUUCAAUACAUAGCACACUCGCAGUCGCCGGUCAACUCUUUCUGGCCGGGGCUCCCGUCGAUCUGGAGAGGGUUAUUGCAGACAGAGAAGGAACCCGCCCCAUGGUGAUCGUGGACCUGCCGAACUACUGCUGGGACCAUUCCACAUCGUACUGGCACGAGACACAAUCUAGCAAGGACUGGAGAUUCCGACCCUUUGUUCACCAUGACUUGCUGGGAAGUAAAAUCCUCGGCACAUCGUGGCUCCAUCCAACAUUUAAGAAAACCAUGGAUCUCAGUCAUCUCCCGUGGUUGCGAGAUCACCUAAUCGGGACGGACGUCGUCUUUCCUGCAUCGGGAUACAUCGCAAUGGCAGUCGAGGCAAUGUACCAGACCAGCUGUAUGCGUAAACAAAGCCGUCCAUUUCCCCUUCCCAAUGAAUUAGGGUACCAAUUGCGGAAUAUCCGAUUCAAUGCGGCGCUUGUUUUGGAAGAAGAUGUAGAGAGUGAAGUCUAUCUUACAAUGAACCCAUCCCAAGGAGGAAAUGAGAACUGGUCUGAGUUCUCGAUAUCAUCUCAUAGAGAUGGUACCAUUACCCAACAUGCAACUGGAUUAAUCCGGCUCCAGGAGCCCGUUAUUGACCCAGCAGAUGAGACGGAUAUAGCACCAUUCCAGCAUGCCUCUCCCGGGCAUCUAUGGACCAAGGCCUGCGCCGAGCUGGGAUAUCACUAUGGUCCUGCAUUUCAUCUCUUGGAGAAAGUGGAAUCGCGUGCUGGUCAGCGACGGGCUCGCGCAUUGAUCACACUAGCCGACCCCCCUUCAGCUCAUGAUCCUCAGUCUUUGUAUCCUGUUCAUCCUGCCGCGCUUGACGGUGUACUCCGAGCCGUUGUACCUGCAGCUAUCGCUGGAGACCGCAGCAGAAUGGCUGAGACUCUAAUCCCCGCUAUGGUCGAUGACCUGAUUAUUAACCCCACCCAUCGACCACGCGCGGGUAUAGCGGUCGCUUCUAGCUAUUACUCUGGGCGUGGGAGAGAAGAUACCGAGAAGAGCUAUCUAGGAAGCACUUCUGUAUAUGACCCAACUAGCGGUGCUCUACUAAUUCGAAUGACCGGAUUAUCGAGUCACAGGAUUGAUUUGGGCAUUGAUCCGAUAAAUCGGCAUACCCUCGUCCACGAUGUCCUGAAGCCGGAUAUUUCCACGCUGAACGGGGAGGCCAUAAAACAACUUGGACAAGUGCACACGAAUAUGACUCCGUUGCUUCUUCGGUUAAUGGUCCACAGGAAGCCCUCCCUGAAGGUGCUUGAAAUUGAUCUAGGAACGCGUGAACCUGGAAGCCUGUGGCUUGAAUCUCUGGAAACAGAUGAUGACUUGCAGUGCCAAUACCGUUAUAUAGCCCGCGAUGCCACAAAUCUUUCUAGCGUGGAGUCGAACUAUCGCGAUCAAGCAAACACCUCCUUCCAGCUCCUAGAUCCCGAAUGCAGCCACUUAGGUGUUGGGAAACAGGAACAAUUUGACCUGAUAAUACUCAAGGCCAUCUCGCCUUUGCCUCAAAGAUCAGCGGCCGUCGUGAGGGCCGUGAAAGACCUACUCUCGCUUGACGGUUAUAUACUGGCAAUCGAUCACACAGAGGCUCGUCUUGGCCCUGACUCAGAAUCUUCGUUGGCCUACAUAGUUGAGAAUAUGAAAUUCGCAAGGGUGCUCUCCAUCCCAUCUCAGCGACGGGCAUGCGUUUUAUGCAUACCACCAAUGGUCGCAGACUCUACUCCGCCAACCGCCAAGCAGCUGCAUGUCAUCCGUAUGGGAGAAAAGACUGUCCUACCUCCUAUGGCCGAACAGUCCUUGACAGAAGCAGGGUGGCAAAUAGCUGAGCAUGAUUAUGUGACCGCAAAUGUCCCAGCUGGUGCUUCAGUCCUUAUUCUGGAUGAGUUAUACUCGCCCCUCCUAAUGGACAUCACUGAGGCACAAUGGCUGUGCCUCCGCCAUCUUAUUACCAGCGGCUGCAAGCUUGUCUGGGUCACUCGAGGCGGCCAACUUUCCGCCUCUGAGCCAGGUAGUGCGCUAGCUGCUGGGCUUUUCCGCUCAAUCCGAUCUGAGGAUCCUGCGGCUACACUGAUGACCUUGGACAUACAAAGUCAAGAUGCGUCAGCAGCACUGGUCUGUCUUCCUCUAGUUUUGGAACAACUCCAGGUGCGCGAAACUGGUCUAGUGACCGAUAAUGAAUAUGUGGAGCAAGAUGGUAUCCUACACAUACACCGGGUCGUACCUUACCAUCCGUUGAGCCAUGAUAUUCAAUCAUGGCGGGAGGGUUUUGUGGAGACAUCACUAUCCACCAAUGGUCCCAUCACACGUCUAGUAGCCGAGGAUAUCGGCACUCUAGAAGGCCUACGCUUCGUCCAAACCCCGGACGACACCCUCGCCGACAAUCAUGUUGAAAUUGAGAUUCAGGCUGCGGGACUAAACUUCAAAGACGUUGCGGUUACGAUGGGCAUAGUGCCUGAGAAUGAACAUCUACUGGGUCUGGAAGGGUCCGGCAUCAUUCGUCGUGUUGGGUCGAACAUUGAUGAUAAAUCUAUUAUCGGGACUUCUGUCGUCUUCAUGGAGAAAGGAGCCUUCGCCAACCGUAUCCAGGUCCCAUUGGAAUUCACACAUCCUAUCCCCAACACCAUGUCGUUCAGCGAGGCAGCUACGAUCCCGGUCGCGUUCUGCACAGCACUCUACUCUCUGUUUGAUAUGGCAGACCUACAACCCGGACAGUCCGUCCUUAUUCAUUCAGCUUCCGGGGGUGUUGGCAUUGCCUGUAUUCAAUUGGCUCAAUAUGUCGGAGCUGAGAUCUACGUGACAGUUGGUAGUGACGCAAAGCGUCGCUUCCUACAUGACACAUAUAAGAUCCCCUAUGAACGCAUGUUCUCAUCCAGAUGCUCCAAGUUUGCCGCGGAGAUCAUGAAGGCCACCAAUGGAGAGGGCAUCAAUGUGAUCGUGAACUCGAUCACGGGCGACUUACUCGAUGCAACCUGGAGAUUGUGUGCCGCUGGGGGCAUUCUGGUCGAGCUUGGCAAGAGGGAUAUGGUGGAGCGUAAUGCUCUAUCCAUGGAGCCGUUCGACCGGGGCUGUUCAUUCCGUGCUGUAGACCUUUCACACCCCAGGCUGUUACGGAAAUUGCCUAGUAUCCUUCGCCGUGUUUUUAGCCUUGCAAUCAAUGGUCAUAUCCGCCCUAUUGAUCAGAUUACAACCUAUCCUAUCACCCAGGCCGCGGAGGCCUUUUCUUUCAUGCGCAGUGGAAAGCACAUAGGAAAGGUUGUGAUCCAAGGCAUGGCUACCACGGAAAAGCUAACCGCCGCGGUACGCCCUCUGCACCGGGAUAUAACGUUCAACGCCGGAUCUGCCUAUCUCAUUGUAGGCGGUCUCAAAGGCCUGUGUGGUAGCUUAGCCUUGCACCUGGCUCAGCGAGGUGCCCGCCAUUUGGUGGUGAUGUCUCGUAGCGGAUGUGCGGAUCCUCGCUCACAAUCGGUCAUUACCAAUUGUCAGUCCCUGGGAUGCCAUGUGCAUGUCUGCCGCGGUGAUGUUUCGCGCAAGGUCGACGUGCAACAGGCAUUUAUCCAAGCUCCUGUUCCCAUCAAGGGUGUUGUACAGGGUGUGAUGCUCCUGCGUGACCGACCCUAUGAGCUGAUGACAAUCAACGAGUUUCACGAAUCCAUCGAGGGAAAGGUCCAAGGCACAUGGAAUCUGCACAAUGUCUCCAUCGAAUGCGGUCUUGAACUAGACUUCUUCCUCCUCCUUUCAAGCAUCUCGAGCGUGGUGGGCGCCCCAGGCCAAGCAAACUAUGCGGCUGCCAACAGCUUCCUUGACUCUUUCGCCGGUCAUCGACGAUCCAUGGGUCUUGCCGCCCAGACGAUUAACCUGGGUGUGGUGGAAGAUGUUGGGGUUGUGGCAGAAUCGGAGGACUUAUCUCAGCGUCUUGAAGCCUCUGGGGAGUUGGUUGGCAUCCCCGAGCGUGUGCUCCAUUGUAUGGUGGAUUAUUCCCUCCGGCAGCAGUUUCUUCAGUCUACCCACCAGCCGGAUUCAGGGCCUUCGGAAAUCCCAACCCGGCUCAUAACUGGACUCGCCGUGCCUCAAGAUCCAACCGAAUCUGGCCUCCGAUCCGAUCCUCGCUUCCGCGGACUUUUUGGCGGUAAUUCGAACUCCCAAGGCAAUGCAGGAAAACCGACGGACGAGCUCGCGGCCGCACUCCAAUCGUUCCACGCCAUGAUUCGCGCUGAUGUAGCAGCCGAUGAACUGCACGAACCGUGUCUGAGCAUCCUCGCCACUCGGCUAGCGCGGAUGUUGCGCUAUAAUGAAAACCAGCAGAUUGAGCCUGGGCAACCCCUAUCAGUGUAUGGGCUGGACUCUCUCUCCAUGGUGGAACUGCGGAAUUGGAUCAAGGCUCAGAUGGGGGCCACAGUAACUACGUUUGACGUCCUUAACGCUAAUAGUUUGAUCAUGUUGGCACAACGGGUGGUAAAUAAGUUACGUCGUGAAUAGAGACUCACUAGGUGCUUGCAG